AUGGGAGAAGUUUAAAGAAUUACAAAACUUGUGUCCACGUCAUGGGUAUGAAACUUGGAGGUUGGUUAGUUAUUUCUAUGAGGGUUUAACUAGUAGGGAGUGUCAAUUCAUAGAGAUGCUGUGUAAUGGGGAAUUUUUGCAUAAGGACCCAGAAGAAGCCAUAGAUUAUUUAAAUGAGUUAGUUGAAAAAGCUCACACUUGGACAGGACCUAGUGCCACUAAUAGUACUAGUAGGUCACGAUCAUCUGGGAUUUACCACCUUAAGGAGGAAGAUAACCUUAAAGCUCAAUUGGAAGUUGCAACUAGGGAACUUGAGAUCUUAAAGAUGAAAAAUAAUAGAGUUAUCCACACAGUUGCUAAGCGAGGUAAGAUUCCAUCUCAACCUCAAACUAAUCCUAAAAAUUUACAUUUGGUGCAAGAAUCUACCUCUAGUUCAGAGAACACUAAAGGGGUCAACGCAAUCACUACUUGUACUGGUAAGGUUAUAGAGCCAUUGCAAAAAGCACCUAAAUUGAAGGACCCUACUCCAAGCCAUGAAGACGACCUGUUGGAAGAACCUGAGAAAGAGGUAAGUGCGGUGAUUGAGCAGAGAACACCGCCAAAGUACAAAGAUCUAAGGUGCCCAACAAUUGCUUGCCAAAUUGGGUCACAAGAGUUCAGUGAAGCUCUUUUGGAUCUAGGAGCAAGUGUGAAUUUAAUGCCUUAUUCGAUUUAUUUGCAACUAGGUCUUGGAAAGAUAAAACCCACAUCUAUGGUGUUACAGUUGGCUGAUUGUUCUUGUAGGAAACCAAGAGGGAUAGUAGAAGAUGUUUUGCUUCAGAUUGAUAAAUUUUAUUAUCCCGUUGAUUUUCUUGUUUUAGAUACUCAAUCUAAAAUUAAUAGUGAGUCAAAGAUUCCACUUAUUUUAGGAAGGUCAUUUCUUGCUACUGCUAAUGCUCUCAUUAAUUGUAGGAAUGGUUUGAUGAAACUUUCAUUUGGGAACAUGACUCUUGAGGUGAAUAUUUUUCAUGUUGGGAAGCAACUACAUGAUGAUGACGAGUGUUAUCAAACCUACAUGAUAGAUUCACUAGUUGAGGAAGUAUAUGAAAGGGAACAUAUUGAAUCUUUAGAAUACCUCCUUGGUGACUAUGAUUUGGAUGUUGACUUUUUGAACUAUCCUAUUAAUGAUCAGUCUAAUGUUUCAUCUAUUUCUAAUGUUCUGCAGGAUAGACAUAGAAAAUUUUUACAGCCACACUUUGAGGAGUUAACCCCUGAUGCUUCUGUUUUGUGCAACACUGCCCAAGGUUUGGAACCUGAAACAGGUUGCCAAACCCCUGAUGCUAUUGGAAAUCCUUUCGCGCUAGUCACAGCAACUUCACGGACUUUGCUAACUUUGCUCUUAAUGAAAAAUGGAGAAAUUUCACUUGAGCCUUCAAAGUUCCAGAUUUAUCCUUAAAUCCUCAUCUUUCUAGCUCUUUGCAUUUAAGUCCUUUUCUUCUAAUUCUUCUCCAUUUAACAUCAAACCUUUAAUCACCACAAAAUUCACACAACAUGAAUAAAAUGAACACUUAUGA